GCUUUACCCCUCUUCUGAUCAUUUUUAUAAGAACCUCGCUUGGGGUUAUGUACGUUCAAAUGCCGCCAUGCUUUUUCUUUGACGCUUUUACUUGAAAUCUCUGUGUGGAGGUUGAACAGGAAAUGUCUUUCAUGAUUCUUGGGCUCGCCAUCGGCGUCAUAGCCUUAUAUUUUCUAAGGACUUUUCUAGUUAAAGCGAAGUCGCUUGCGCCGCUCCCCCCUGGUCCCAGACCAAAACCGAUUAUUGGGAAUCUCUGGGAUCUUCCAUCACAAGGCACUCGGGACUGGCUGCACUGGUUGAAACAUAAAGAUCUCUAUGGCCCAAUUAGCUCAGUCACCAUCUUCGGCCAAACAAUUAUCAUCCUAAAUGAAGCACGUCUCGCGUAUGAGCUCUUGGAGAAGCGUUCCGCAGUACACUCAUCUCGGCCGCCAUGCACCUUUGCCCAUAUGGCCGGCUGGGGCGAUAUCACGACCAUUCUCGAAUACUCAGACCGGCUCCGCGCCUCACGCAAAGUUGCUCACCAACAGAUCGGCUCCAAUAAAUCUAUCGCCCGGUUCAAUCACAUCCAGGAUGCGGAGGCUUGCCGGUAUCUCUCCCGGGUGCUCCGGGACCCGGAGAAUUGGGUUGAACACAUUAAGAAGGAGACCGGUGCGGUUAUACUGAAAAUUACUUACGGAUACACUAUCGAACCCCAUGCGCGCGAUCCCCUAGUUGAUCUUGCGAACGAUGCCGUCGAGAAGUUUGCGUUGUCAAUGGUUCCUGGGGCUUGGCUUGUGGAUUCUAUUCCUAUCCUGAGACACCUCCCUUCCUGGGCACCAGGGGGAGGCUGCACGCGGGCUGCAGAGGGCUUCCAAACGAUUGCCAAAGAUCUAGGUGAGGUCCCUUAUGCGUUCGCAACACAGCAAAUAGCCCAAGGGUGCAAUGAGCCAUCCAUAAUUUCGUACUAUCUUAAAUCAGAGAAUAUCCAGCCGGGCUCGGAAGAGGAAAAUAUUGUGAAGUGGGCUACUGCUACUCUCUACGCUGGAGGGGCAGAUACAACAGUCUCCACGAUGAUGGGUUUCUUCAUGACAAUGGCCUUAUAUCCGCACGUACAGCGGAAAGCCCAAGAGGAAAUAGACCGGGUCAUUGGAACAUCGCGUUUACCUGGGUUCAAAGACCGCGAGGACAUUCCAUAUAUCGACGCUAUCCUUAAGGAGGCCCUCCGUUGGCAUCCCGUCGUUCCGAUGGGUGUCGCCCAUAUGGCCAUGGGGGAUGAUAUGCUUGAGGGGUACCAUAUCCCCAAGGGGGCAACUAUAUUGACGAAUAUAUGGGCAUUCACCCACGACCCCAAUGAAUACCACGACCCAAUGACCUUUAAGCCUGAGCGUUUCCUGAGUGACAAUGGCCACACACCUGAGCGUGAUCCCCAUCUCAUCUCUUUCGGGUUCGGACGACGGAUAUGCCCCGGACGGAAUCUAGCAGAUUCAAAUCUAUGGCUUACUAUCGCUCGCACUCUGGCUGUCUUCAACAUCACCAAGCCCAUUCGCGACGGCAAGGAGGUGGAUAUCCAGCCGGAGUUCCAGGCCAGUCUCAUCAGUCAUCCGAUGCCAUUCGAUGUCGACAUUAAGCCUCGUAGUGCAGGUCAUGAAGAACUGAUUCGGGCUGGUGAGAAACAGCAUCCCUGGGAGGAGAGUCAUGCGGAAGACUUGCGGAGGUCAGUUGCCGUACCGUAGAGAUAUAUAGAUUUUUUGUUAUUGUCUGUCUCUCUCUGUGUCACUCUCGAUUGUUUUGGUUUGCCCUUAUUAGAUGCUUUUUAGUAUUUCUUGGUCGUUAUAUAUGUCGAGUAGGUUAUUG